AUGUCAUAUCCGAAUGGGAGUGGGGGUACGCUUACCCUACCCUCGCCGACACACAUCCAUUCCGUUCGAUCGUUACGAAGAUCCAUUGCACGAUCACCCUCCAGAGCUCGCCAAGCUUCGACUACGCCAGCCGGUUCACCACAGUCCCUUUCCUCACUCGCUGUUUCACUUUCGCAACGGCCUUUGCGUGAAGGUUCUACUCCGCUCAAACCCAGCGAGCGUCUCUCGGCCCGUUCGUUGAGACCUUCCAGACCGGUCAACAGGCCGUUAUCCAGGUCACGAAUGUCCCAAAAGAGUCCCCUGAGAAGGUGCUUUGGCUCCCACAGGGACUCGGGCAACCCCAUCCCACCAUCCGUCUCGGCUCCUGAAGCCCGUCCCCGCUGCGGAAGCCAUUCCUCGCGCAGCCCUAGCCCGAUAGCAAGCCCCGAGGCAAGCCCGGUCCAUCAUACCGAGGUGACAUUGAUCAUGGACCACGCUACUCUGGGAAGCCCAGUCCCUAAGCGGCGCAGUCUGGGUGUCGGGGCUAACCUCCUCGAUGACCCUCCAGCGACAUCGCACCCGUUCGACGCCGAUGACGAUGCGCCCAAAGGAUACGAACUGCGGUCGUCCACUCGCCGUACCACCCCUCCUCAGGAUUCUGUGGCCUCGCCUGACGUUUCGAGCCUACCCAAACGAACGACCUCUCUCCGCAAGAGUACUUUACAGCAACGCCAUGAUGAUCAACGCAUCUCGUUGGGUCGGCGUGUUGGAGAGAAACAGCUGAACCAGGCACCAAAAGUUGUUGCUCCUGCUACUAGCACAACCCGGACCAGGCCAAGGCUGUCCCUCGAUCAGUAUCUCCCGCCUGAUGACCGCGGCAGCCCCUUUACUCAGGCGCCUUUGCCCAGCGCCUCGGUUCAUCCGUUUCCUCGGCCGCCAGCCCAGCGUCACCCCUUGUCUCGGACUAUCACACAGUCUUCGUCUGGCUCUAGCCUCCCCGAUGAGUCGCCCACGCAUCCUCCUGUGAGCUUGGGCGAAAAGCCCAGGGUACCUCUGAACUUCUCACAGUCACUGCCUUUGGGAGCUCGCCCCCUAGGUGCAAAGAUCCCACCGCCCGUGGCUACACCAAAAUACAAGCGAGCCAAGCCAUUUCAGGCUGCCUUCAUGUCAACAGGACUGGUGUCCAAGAUGAACCGAAACCCCGAGGCUGGCCCGCCUAAGCGUCCUGGAGAUAAUUCCGGGAUUAUGCCCGACACUCCUUGCAAGAAGCAGCCUUACGACUCUUCAACGUUUCCCCCAAAACCGCUGGGAAGUGCCAGGCGGUCCAGAUUGUCUUUUGGCACUGCAACUACCCCUCUUCCUGAUGCUUCGAGCACGCCGCGCGGCAGCCCAUUCGCUCCCCAGGACCGAUCCGCAAGUCUGUUCUUCAAGCAAAUUCGUGGAAAUAACCUUCGAAGAGCAAGUCUGUUGAGUUUUGAGGGCGAGGAUGCAGGAGACUCACCUGAGUCCGAUGACUUUCCCCCGCCAACACCGACUAAGAGUCUUUUCAAGUCACAAUCAACGCCAGCACACCCGCAACAGGCACAGAUGACCCCCACUGCCACACGGUUUACGCAUUCUGCGUCUGCUUUCGGCAUUAGCAAGGAGCACAGCACACCGAGCUCAAGCUUCGGAUUUACAAGUCCACUGGGUCCUCACAGCAACGGGCAGACAGAUCGUCCCACCACGGCCGACGGUAAACCUCUUCCGGCUGGCAUCAAAGACUCGCCGCGGAUGAGCCAGUCUCUUCCUUCCUUCACCAUGCGCCGCGGACGCGGCAACUCCUUCACCACCCCUGCCCCCGUCAAGACCAACCCCACCAUAGUGGAAGCCUCAGAACGGCAUACACCUGAUUCAGCUAGCCCUUUGAAUCCAAGGAAUCCUAAGACACCUUCGGAAACUAUGGGCCCGCCCGACGGAAGUUAUCUGUCGAUCUCAAAUGCUCGCAAAGGCAGUGUCAAGUUUGCUCGGUCGCCGUCGACACCUACAACACUCGUAGGCCAAGGAUUUCCGUCAGCAACACCAGAAGGGCAGCCACUUGCCAAGGGACAGAACCGUCGACUCAGCUCUACGCCCCAAAACUUGAAUGCCCCCAACAAUGUCGAUGAAGCAGUGUAUAGUCGCUUCGACAAGGCUGAGGUGAUUGGCGGUGGUGCCUUUUCCCAAGUGUAUCGUGUUGUCCAACGCUCCACAAUGGCUUCCUUUUCUUCGUCGUUUACAUCAACUCCUGGCAGACAUACGCCCGCGGUUGAGAAGGUCUAUGCUGUCAAGAAGAUCGCUUUCUCUGGCCAUAGUGAGAAGCAACGCGAAAGCAAAAUGCGCGAGGUCACCGUUUUGAAGGCCCUGAGUACUUCUGACAAGAUCGUGCACUAUGUCGAUAGCUGGGAACAAAAUGGAUGUCUGUACAUCCAGACUGAGUAUUGCACCGAAGGCAGUCUUGACGCAUUCCUCAGAGAGGUUGGGCAGAACGGCAGGAUGGAUGAUUUCCGCAUCUGGAAGACAUUGCUUGAACUAAGCCAGGGACUUUCCGCUAUUCACGGCGCUGGCUUCAUUCACCUGGAUCUGAAACCUGCCAACAUCUUCAUCGGGUUCGACGGCUAUCUUAAGAUCGGCGACUUUGGAUUCGCAGUUCCAUGGCCGGCUCCCAAAGGGGUCGAGGGCGAAGGUGACCGAGAAUACAUUGGGCCUGAGAUCUUGUUGGGACAGUACGACAAGCCAGCCGAUAUCUUUGCUCUCGGGCUUAUCAUCUUGGAGAUUGCUUGCAAUGUCUAUCUUCCCGACAACGGUCCCACGUGGCAGGCCCUUCGAAAUGGCGAUUUGACGGUUGUGCCUAGUCUUACCUCGAGUGAUGCUAGCGGUAUUGUCCGGGAUGCACAGACUGUUACCGAGGAUGGCGAUCUCUCCGCCAGUCAGGAACGUCGCAAUCUUUCUUUCAGCUCAGUCACAUAUGACCCGAGCAACUUGUUUGGUGCGCAAAAGAGAAGCGAGCUCCAGGAACCCCCAAGGUUCAUGAUGGAUGCCAAUGAUCCGCAUUCGCUAGACAGCGUUGUCCGGUGGAUGAUCCAGCCUGAGCCUGCGAAUCGACCUACGGCCGAGGAUCUACUGAAGAUAGAGUCCGUUGACUGGGUUGCUUGCCGCAGGACCGCCGGGGCAACGGUGUACGAAGGCAACUGGGGCUUGGAGACCGCUUCGACCACGGAACAGUUCGAUACGACGAUGACUGACGUUUGA